GCGUUUCUGUUCAGUGGUUGGACAAAUGCAGAAGCAUUGAUGGGGGAUACCGGACAUGGGUCAACACGAUUGAAACUUCUGUAUGUGACCGACUGAUCACCACUUUGGCUGCUAAAAGUUAAUAUUUAAAAAUCAUACAGACUCUGUUAACCAGAAUCCUUACGGGCGAAGCAGAAGAGAAGGACCAGCGUCGGCGCGCAUCAGAUUUUCUGCCAUGUCUGCAACACGGGAAGAGGUCCUGAGAGAUGAAAAUCUGAUCGAAUAUCUCCAGGAGAUUGCUAGAGAUUCUGCAUUUUUACAUGGAGUGUUGAUGAGGACCAAAGAAACUCCAAACUCACCUGAGGUGGCGAGUUAUGCACCGUUCACAUUGUUUCCCACACGAGUGCCCAGCGCUGUCUUUACUCAGGUGCUGACAGUACAGACACAUUUUAACCGGCUGGUGGAUCGGGUCAGUCAGAACCCCUCAUUUUUAGAGGAAUCUCUGGCUAGCACUAUCAAAGUUGAUGAUUUUACAGCAAGGCUUUUUAACAUAUACAAACAAGUUAAGGAGGAGGGUUGGGCCCAGGCAAUAGUUCUGGGUCUGAAUCGUUCAGACUACAUGUUAGACCAGAGUCCAGAUGGUGGGACAUCCUUAAAGCAGAUUGAAAUCAACACGAUUGCUGCAAGUUUCGGUGGGCUUGCUUCACAGACCCCAGAUGUUCAUCGUCACAUUCUGAAGGUUGCAAACCUGUUAGAGGAACAAAAUCGUAUUUUGGACAAUAAUCCUGCAGCAGGUCUGGCGAGAGGUUUGGCAAAGGCCUGGGAGCUGUAUGGAUCUGAGAGCGCAGUGGUGAUGUUUCUGGUUGAGGAUCUCCAGAGGAACAUUUAUGACCAUCGAUACAUAGAAAAUGAGCUGUGGAAGAAAAAUGUUCCUGUGAUCAGAAGACGGUUUGAGGAUGUGUGUAGAACUGGACAUCUGGAUCAGAGAAGGAGGCUUUUUGUAGACAGCAAAGAGAUCGCCAUUGUUUACUUCCGUAAUGGAUACAUGCCCCAAAACUACACCUCAGAGCAGAGCUGGGAUGCUCGACUGAUGAUGGAGCGAUCUCUGGCUGUGAAGUGUCCAGACAUCAGCACUCACCUCGCUGGUACCAAGAAGGUCCAGCAGGAGUUGGCCCCAGCGGGCGUUCUGGAGCGCUUCUUUCCUGAUGAACCUGAAACUGUUGCUCAGAUACGGGCUACUUUCGCUGGCCUGUACACCUUGGACAUGGGAGAAGAAGGUGAUAAAACUGUGGCAAUGGCUUUGGCAAAUCCAGAUCAGUAUGUACUUAAACCUCAGAGAGAGGGAGGUGGUAAUAACAUUUAUGGUCAGGAGAUCUGUGAGGUGCUGGAGAAAGUGAAGAACUCCAGUGAAAGAACGGCCUACAUCCUGAUGGACAAGAUCCAGCCUGUCCCAUCACAGAACUACCUGGUCCGGCCCGGAGCUCCUGUUAAACUGAACUACUGUUUGAGUGAGCUGGGUGUGUUUGGAGCAUACGUCAGGAAAGGGAAAGAAAUGGUGUUUAAUGAAUGUGUGGGCCACCUGCUGAGGACCAAGAGCUCUGAACAUGCUGAUGGGGGUGUGGCUGCAGGAGUAGCAGUUCUCGACAACCCACUGUUGUUUUGAACUAUACUGCCCCCAGUGGACAGAAAGAGAUGUUUGUACUCAUUAUUUUCAACAUGAAAUGUUGUCUGUUUAACGUCUCCAUCACAGGCCAUUAAUCAUAAUGGGCAAAAGCUGUGACUUUCAAAUUGUUCAUGUAAAUAUUUUAUACCUCGUUUAAGGGAUAUUGCAGACUGUUGCAGUAUGUCAGAAGUAGCCAUUAACAUGAAUAAAUAUGAUUUUUAUAACAUUAUUCACAUGUUUUAAUAAACGAACAUCCAUUCCCAUGCUUCAUUGGAAAUUUGAUUUAUUACUUUAUUGAUUAGGAUUACUAUCAAUCAUGAUGAGUAGUGACCAAAGGUGAAUUGUUUUAUAUUAAAAAAUUGAAUUAUUUAAACUUUAUGUAGUUUAUCUGAAAAAAUGUACAAACAUUUGUUAGCCUAAAUUCUGGGGCCAUAAAUGUUUUUAUUGUGUUUUUGUGACAGUAUUUUUCGAUCACAGGCACCAGUCACAAAUAAAAUAAAAUAUUACAAUUUUAGUAAGGAUGACUGACAUUGACUUAAAUUCCAAGGCUAAAAUCUAAACAAUUUUAUUUAGCGACUGUAAACCAUUUAUAUCUAUGCUGUAAACAAUGACUGAGCGUAUAACUGGAACAGAUUGGUUAUGACUAAUGCAUUAACUGGAGUGAUUGUGUAUGCAGCUUUAGGCUGUUUUAGCUGUUGUUUUUUCUUUCCUUCCACAUAAACCAUUUUUACAAAAAAACAACAAUGUUUUAUAUGCCCAUCAUGUUUAUGUUCUUUAACCAAAAUAUUCAGGCGCAAGGGCUUUUGGGUAUUUCCCAUUUUAAUUUUAAGCUCAUACGUUAAACUUUUCAUGAACUAUAAUUUCUGCAAUUUUUUGCUUAAGCAAUGCUAAUAAUAAAUGAUGUAAAUAAUGCUUGUAGGAUUUUUAUAAAACAUUAGGCCCAGAGCCUGAUUUAAUUGUAUUUAAUAAACGAUUUGUUGU